AUGGACGAUGACACGGGCAUUCUCUGCCCUUCAAUCUGUGCCCAGAUGCAUCAUGGCAACUCUCCUUCCUUUACCACUUCGCAGGGCGGCGAGAUAUCUCCAAGUCAACACGCUCCGGGCUCUGUUACCACCUCACUACAUCAGCAUAGGUGUGUGAUCUCUCAUCCUUCAAUACUACAACAGGUACUUGACCCAAAUCUUCUUGGAGACGCUCUCCCACAACAGCGACAACUUUCGUCUACAACACAUAGUCAUGAAAGUUGGGGCUCAGUUAUAGAACCCAAUACUUUCUGCAACACGCACACAAUGACGUACGGUAUUGAAGAGAAUAAGGGAAACAUCCUAUCUUGGGAAGACGAAGCUCCCGGAACUAUCGACCUGGAGUUUGACCUUCUUGCCUCGACCUAUCCUCUACUUGAUGAACUCCACGAAUUUGAAUGCCUGGGAUACCAGGCAACGAGGCAACCAAACACAUCCACACCAUCGCAGAGAAAUUGCAGCCAGAUACUUGAUAACCAUUAUCCAAAUCCAGCGUCUACUUGUUCUCGACCGUCAUUUGAUAGCUCGACUUCUCGGCCGGAAAGCGCCAUCUAUCCCCCUCUCUCGCCUGAGAACUCUGUUGAAUCUAGUUCUCCAGUUGACUUUCAUGUGCUUUAUGGGUCUGACCCAAUUGUACGUUCCGUGCCAGAAGCCGGGAACCUUGCAUCUGAAGAUGAGACAGACGACGAUAGUGUCUCAUCCGAAGAACCCUAUGCAAGAUUAAUUUGGAGGGCGCUCAUGUCUGCCCCUGGUCAUAAGAUGGUUCUGAAGGAAAUAUACGAGUGGUUUGAAAAGAAUACUAGCAAAGCCAAAAACUCUGAUUCUAAAGGAUGGCAGAAUAGCAUUCGGCAUAACCUUUCCAUGAAUGCGGCCUUCGAAGGUGUCAAAGAAGUUUUAUCGCCAGGGGCGCAAACCCGGAAAUCUGGUAACGCUUGGGUCCUCACUGAACGUGCUAUCAGACACGGGGUGCAGUCCACAACCCGUUACCGCAAACCUGGGGUUCACAAAAAAUCCCAAAAAUCAGACCACCCUGCCCCUCAAAGGCAAAAAUCAGGAGCUAGGGGAGGUCGCGCCGCUAAAAAAGCCGCCAAAUACAGACGCGCCAUGCAAGAGUCUCAAAGGCUUGACCGAAACUCUCAAAAUGCGCCUCCUUCUGAUAUACCUUUCAAUCAACCUGACUUUCUUGCUCAAACGGCGAGUUGCGUUGAGUAUGGAUCCGCAGACACAGUGAAUAACUACAUGUUGAGCGACUAUGGGCUUGAGAACCUCUUGGGCUGUAACGAACUUAUACCACGAUCACCGUUAUUUUACCCCGACUUGGAUCUGGAUGGCAGCCAGCAGCUCUCUGGGUCUACUGUCUUGGGAGGCCAGCCGAUCGGUCGAGAUUUUAAUUCCCUUCUGCAGUAA